AUGCUUCGUCCUUCGACUCUUCGUCCCGUGCUUCGCGCGCAAGCUCGGACGCAAUGCGCCAUCGCCCGGGCAUCCCGUCGUACCAUGUUCUCUCAGCGUCAAUCCAACCGUCUGGUCGAUGAUCUGGACGUGAAUCACCUCAAUGCGAAGCGAAGAGACUACGAGCAGAACCGCACUGCUUUCCUGGCCGCCGGUGCCAUCGCUGGCAUUGUUUCCUUCAUUUACACAGCUUGGAAGCUCAAGCAAGCCAUCGAUGUCCAGAGCGAGAAGGAGAAGCGGGCUGUCAAGUGUGAUGCGCCGAUACCGACAGAAACCUUCAAGACUGAAGCGGGCGAGAAGCGCAAGGUUGUCCUCCACGACGAGGAUGGUCAAGAGGUUGUUCCCACCGGCAACACCACCAUCAAGUUGUAUCCUCGGACGAUAGACAUCGAAGAGGUUGCCCCGCCUCAGAGCGCCCCCGGCCCAAUUGCGGCUGCUGUUACCGACAAGAAGGGCACCGAGUUCACACUGGUUGGUCUGGGAACGAGGACGGUAACCUUCAUUGGCAUUGAGGUGUAUGUGGUUGGCUUCUACGUCGCUACUCAAGACAUUGAGAAGCUGCAGCACUACCUCGUCAAGAAGAUCAACCCUCUAGCCACAACUCUGAUUCCAUCGGAGAAGGAGGCCCUGCGCAAGGCGCUGGAGGAUGCGACCGAGGGCGAGGAGACAUGGAAUGCGAUUCUGAAGGAUGCCGGAUGCCGCACGGCGUUCCGCAUUACCCCCGUUCGGGACACAGACUUUCCUCAUAUGCGCGAUGGGCUUGUGAGGGCAAUUCAAGCUCGUACGGGUCGAGACUCGGAGUACAAUGAUGAGGCUUUUGGAACCGCUAUGAAGACGUUCAAGCAAAUGUUCCAGAGAGGUCUCGUCCUCAAGAAGAAGGAACUCCUCCUCGUCCGGGACGCCUCAGGGACAUUGACGCUCACUUACAACAGCGGCGACUUCAAGGCGCCAAAGAAGAGCGUCAUGGGAAGCCUGAGUGAUGAGCGGCUGUCCAGGCUGCUCUGGCUCAACUACCUCGCUGGCAAGAAGGUUGCGUCAGAGGAGGCUAGGCGGAACAUUAUCAAUGGCGUCAUGGAGUUUGUUGAGAGACCCGUCGGCACUGUCGCCACGCAAGUUCUGUAG